AUGGUUGUGAAGUUCAAAUGGAUUUGGUUAAUUGAUGACACGGGCGCCUACGGAGGAGACCGUGUUGGUGGACCUGGCAAGCAAGUUAUUUUUACCAAGUUCUUACGCCAACGUCCCCAUCCUUCCGUGCAAACACAUACGCUACUUUCAAGAUCUCCUAUAAUGUCCGGAUCAGGUAUUCUCGCUCAAUGGCAAGCGCGUCGUGCAGUUCUUGUGGUUCCAAUGGGUGGCGUCCAGUUUCUUUCUUUCCAACAACAGCCGGCGAUUGGCACUAGGGACCUUGGAUCAUGUUCUGUCGUGCUCAUAGCAUCCGCGCGCGGCGCUAUUCUUGCUCAUAUCCCUCCACGACCCUUGCAACCUUCACCUGACCCGUUUGCCGGUGAUAACAACGCUCGUAAUAUGAUGAAUCAAGUGGCCACUCUCUAUCAACAAAACAGUGGGUACUUUUCUUCCGCAGACUCGGUUGUUGUCUGUGCUUGGUACAACGGAGCAGUGGCGUUGCCUGAUCAGAUGGAGAUAAUGUCCUCGUCUCUUCGACAAUUGGGACUCAAUCCGACCAUCAAAACAUAUCAUGUGCCUGGAAAUAGAAGUCUUCCUGGUCAGGGAACUGUGAUUGCCAUCAAGUCUGCCAACCAGCCGAGGCCUCAGAUAUACGUGGAGGAUCGUCUAAUCUGA